CUCGACACAUGAUGCCUGAUAUUACGGAAGUUUCAAGUAAUAAAAUUUUUGGAGGAUGGCAAAAAGUUUAUUCUCAUGAAAGUUCUGAAUUGGGAUGUAAAAUGAAUUUUGGAAUUUUCCUUCCUCCACAAGUUGAGGAAGGACCUGUACCAGUUAUCUAUUGGUUGUCUGGUCUGACUUGUACAGAAGCUAAUUUUAUUCAGAAAGCUGGUGCACAAAAGUAUGCUUCUGAACAUGGAGUGAUUAUAGUUGCACCUGAUACAAGCCCUCGUAAUCUUAACAUACCAGGGGAAAAUGAGGAUUGGGAUUUUGGAACCGGUGCUGGUUUUUAUGUUGAUGCAGCAAAAGAACCUUGGAAUAAAAAUUACAGAAUGUAUAGUUAUGUUACUAAGGAACUACCAGCUUUAAUCAAUGAAAAAUUUCCAGCUUUACCCAACAAACAAUCUAUAAUGGGUCAUAGCAUGGGUGGACACGGAGCUCUAAUAUGUGCUCUAAAGAAUCCUGGGUUAUACAAAGCAGUUUCUGCAUUUGCACCCAUAAGUAAUCCAAUUUUAUGCUCAUGGGGUAAGAAAGCUUUUUCUGGAUAUCUUGGUGGAACCGAAACAAAUGUUAUAUGGAAAGAUUGGGAUGCUACAGAAUUGGCUAAAAAAUAUAAUGGCCCACCUUUAGAUAUUUUAAUUGACCAGGGAAAGGAAGACACAUUUUUAAAGAAUGAACAAUUAUUACCAGAGAAUCUGUUAGCAGCUGCAAAAGAUGCUGGCCUAUCAUUAGUUCUUAGGUUUCAGGAAGACUAUGAUCAUAGUUAUUUUUUUAUAGCUACAUUUAUUGAAGAUCACAUUAAGCAUCACAUAAAGUAUCUUAGAGCAUAAUG